CUAUUCGUGUUUGCUAUUUAUAAAUUUGAUAACAGUCUCUCCUUUUCCUUUCAUGGACAAUAUGACAAACCUGCUUUCAAAAUGACAAAUAGCAAACUGGAAUAUCCAUGUGAAAUGUCACCAAAAAACAUUAGACUCUACUGGCACCCAAAGUACAACGUAAUUUAUAAACAAACUUUUUAUACUGUAGCUAAAUCACUAAAACCAUUUUAUGUCCUGGUUAAUAAAAGAAAUAUCCACAAGACUUUUAUUAUUUUCAGUAAUAACCUAGUUUCUUUUUUACACUUCAUUUCAAAUAGAGACUUACAAAACCAUAGUAAAGGUACACAACUUUAAACAAAUCAACUUUUUGUGUAAAAUAAGCUCAGCGAUUUCAAAAUGAAAAUUUACAAAGCAACUCAAGGUGAAAUAGCAUUCAAGAUGUCCGAUGUCUUUAUGCUCUGCGACAUCACACAUCACCAAUACGGCAGCAAACGCGACUGUAUAACUUCAUCACGAUUCCGAUAUACGACAAAGCCUGCCGACCAUCCUGCGCUUGAACUUAAUGAGGCAUCUCAAAACAAUUUACGGGGGUUGAAGGACUUGCAGUUGCAAAUAGUCGACAUGUCUUACUUCGUUGCCGUGAGUGAACACGGAAAUCGAGAUGUGUGUGUGGUCAAAAAGACAGUGCAAGGUAGGGGUCGGGUGGCGUUUGUGAUGGCAAAAUUUUUGCAAAUGAAGCGGCUAGAGGUUUCCGCGCCCCGUAGGGUCGGUGGCCCCGCCAAGCGUCUUCUGGAUUUAAAUUACAUAAUGUAUGGGUCUCGUUUGGACCAUGCAACAAGUAGAUAUGUGUCGGCGGGCUAA